UCUGAAAACAAUAUACCUAUUUGGUUUGAUUUAAUAAUAAAUCUAACUUAUAAUUUUAAUAUGCAGUUGUUGUAUUAAAUAUUUAUAGCUUAGAAUACAUUUCGUGUUUUCAAGAUUGGAUAUUUUGUUGGGAAUAAAUAAUAAUAGAUACAAAAUGACUGAUGAAGAGCGUCUAAAACGAAUUAAAGCUGGUACAUUUUUAGCUACUGUUGCUGGGAUAUCAGCAUUUGUUGGAUUUAGUGCUACUUUAUCAGCAGCUAAGAAAACAGAUCCUAAAUAUUUUAAUAAAGGAUUACAUGGGAGCAUAGAAUUGGCAGAUGCAGGGGCAAUGCUUGCUCUUAGAGCACUUGGUUGGGGUUCACUGUAUGCCAUUGGUGGUACAACUUGUUUUUGUUAUGGCAUAUGGAAAUUGUCAGGUGCUAAAGAUCUCAAAGAUUUUAGAACAAAAAUGGGUAAUAUUCUCCCUGUAUUGCCAAAAAAUAAUCCACCACAGUCACGGACAGAAUUUAGUGGAUUGAAUGAUUUAUUGUUAUAUUUAUCAGAGGAUUAUGGAAAAAAGAAAAUUCAAGGUGACACAAAAAACUAA